AUGAGCUCCCUCCGCAUUGCUCGCGCCGCCCUUCGCGCGCGGCCCCAAGCCAUUGCCCGCCCCGUCAUGCGCAGAGGCUACGCCGACGUCGCCUCCGACAAGAUCAAGCUCUCCCUAGCUCUUCCGCACCAGUCUAUCUACAAGUCGCAGGAUGUCGUCCAGGUUAACCUCCCCGCGGAGACCGGUGAGAUGGGUGUCCUGGCCAACCACGUCCCUUCGAUCGAGCAAUUGAAGCCCGGACUUGUUGAGAUCAUCGAGGAGAGCGGCGGCAGCAAGCAAUUCUUCCUUUCUGGCGGGUUCGCCACCGUCCAGCCCGACUCGCAGCUCAGCAUCAAUGCCGUCGAGGGAUACGCAUUGGAGGACUUCAGCGCAGAGGCUGUCCGAAACCAGAUUGCAGAGGCUCAGAAGAUCGCCAGCGGAAGCGGCAGCGAGCAGGACAUUGCUGAGGCUAAGAUUGAGCUCGAGGUCCUCGAGAGCCUGCAGGCGGCUCUGAAGUAA